UUUUCGCCAUCAUAUUAACAGCCCUUGGCUUGAACGUGUCAAAGUUUGCCCGAAAAUAUUUGUACUAUCGAAUUGCCUUGUAUCUUUCGCUAAUUUCAGUUUUUUUUGACCUGGUCAGUUUAAUCGCCUACGCGAUUUGUCUGUAUUACGAACUUGCCGACUGGGGAGUCACCUCUUUGGACUUUGACUGGAGCUAUGGCGUUGCUUGGGCAGGCACCCUGUGUACUUUUUUCGCGUGUUUGCUGUUGAUAUGUGAUAAGGAACAUGAGGAAGUCUACUACAAGGAAAAGACAGUGUAUUGGAAAGGAAAGGCGCGCGUGUGA